AAAUGAUUUGUGUUGUUUGGGUGAUGGAUGAGAGAAAGAAACACGAUAACUGCUAGCAAAUGCUUACUCGUCAAGCAUGAACUAUACCAUCCCUUUCUUUCACUUCAUCUUCCCACUCUGAACCACCUUUCAUCUUCAUCCUCACAAAACCACAUACCCUUUAAUCUCCAUUCCCAUCGCAUCACAUGAUUCAAACCUCCAUUUUCUCACACCCGGAGCUUCUUCCAGUUCCGGGAAUCCCUUCCUGAAACCAUGCCUUCUUCUUCACCCAAAUCCUUCUACCCUCGCCCUCCCCCUCGCAGAACCACCUUCCUCAUUCUCACAUGCCUCUUCCUCUCUCUCUCCGCUUUCUUCUUCGCUUUCCUCAGACCCCUUUGGGAUUGGGCCCUCCUUGCUCCAACCGCACCCCCACAUCGGUUCGAGUCCUUUGGGACCACCACCCCACCGCCCAACACGACCCUCCGCUUCAUGACAGACACAAAGUUAUGGCCUUUGUCGGCAUUCAAACCGGGUUCGGAUCCGUGGGCAGGCGCCAAUCUCUCAGGAACACUUGGUUUCCUUCCGAUCCACAUGCACUUCAAGGCUUGGAAGAAGCCACUGGCUUGGCUUUUAGGUUUGUGAUUGGUAGAACGAAUGACAGAUCGAAGAUGUCUGCACUUCAGAAAGAAGUGGCACAAUAUGAUGAUUUCAUUUUACUGGAUAUAGAAGAGGAGUAUAGUAAGCUCCCAUACAAAACGUUAGCUUUCUUCAAAGCUGCUUAUGCACUUUUUGAGGCAGACUUUUAUGUCAAAGCUGAUGAUGACAUAUACUUAAGGCCAGACCGUCUUUCAUUACUGUUGGCAAAAGAGCGAUCUCACCCUCAGACUUACAUAGGAUGCAUGAAAAAAGGCCCUGUUUUCACUGAUCCUAAACUAAAAUGGUAUGAGCCACUAUCUAAUUUACUUGGAAAGGAAUAUUUUCUUCAUGCUUAUGGUCCUAUAUAUGCUCUCUCUGCCGAUGUCGUAUCAAGCUUGGUAGCGCUUAAGAAUAACAGUUUCCGGAUGUUCAGCAAUGAGGAUGUUACAAUUGGAGCUUGGAUGCUUGCAAUGAAUGUCAACCAUGAGAAUAGUCGUGAACUCUGUGCUCCAGAGUGUACCUCCACAUCAAUUGCUGUGUGGGAUAUUCCCAAGUGUUCAGGUCUCUGUAAUCCAGAAAAGAGAAUGUUGGAACUCCAUCAGCAAGAAAGUUGUGCUAAGAGUCCAACUUUGGACUCUGAUGAAUAGUUUUUGUGAGAAUAGUUAAUGUUUUACUGCUGCCAUUGCAAUCCCUUUCUAUUCAUUCAUCAUCUUUCUCUUUCUGAUUCAUUCAUAUUUCUUCAUGUCUAGAGACUUUAAUGUAUCUUAUUUUUUCAUUCAAAUUUCUCUUAAAUUUUCUUUCUACCUUCUUUAGGGAAGAAGGCUUUGUAGUUUUUAUAAACCACACAAAGCUAGUAGGUACACUUUACAUACCAUUAAA